GACUGUAGAAAAAGAAUCUUGUAAGAUGAAGAUAGUGCCAUAUACUUUGUAAUAGAUAUAUUUUAUUUAUUAGCUAUCUCCACAACCAGUCAUUCUUUAAAUUACGACAUUCAAGACAAACAAACGCUGGACGUUAGAGGAUGCCACGUAGACCACCACCAAGUCCAUUGAAAUUGUUACCAAACAAUGUACCCCUCCCUGGACGAGACUGUCCAAAGCAAGCGCAUAUACUACCACGUCUACCACCGAACGCACUAUUAAGGCAGUCACCAAUCGAUUUGACAGCUAGCAAUGUAAUGGGAGUAGACCGUAUGGUAGUAGGCUCGAGAAAUCGUACAAAUUCGUUAUCCUCAUUAUCAAGAAGUUCAAUCGAUAGUGCAGAGAGCGCUAGCAGCUUUGGAAGCUCAUCUGGAUGGGCAUUCUAAUGGCAUUUAUAUUAAAAAUAGCUGGUUCUAUUCACAAACAAUACACUCAUUCAUUCAAUAUUACAUCACGUCAACAUUGCGGUGCUUUCUGGAAAGGCACUUGUUAUAUCUGGAAUAUCAAGCUUUAAAAUAUUAUACAUACCUUGCUGGACAACUUUUCAUUACCCUCAAACUGUCAUACGCUAGAUGCGGACGGCCAAGUGAUUGUGGUAAAUUUUUUCAAAAAGAAAGUAUAAAGGAAUAUAUAUCAACAAUCAUCUAAAUGAGUGUACAUAUAUAUAGUUGUUUUACUUUUUGCGCUUUGAUCAGCUCUGACGUAUGUCUGUGCGCGAGUGUCUAGAAUCAGAUAGGGUCAUCGAAGCGAGGACAUCAUAAGUUGUACAAUAACCACUUACAACACCCCGGAUAAAUCGAUGAAGUUACAGCAACGCAUGAGCGUCAAAACUGAGACAGGAAAUCUCUUCGGGGAUGCUGAUCCAUUUGCUAAGGCGUCCUUGACUAGACGUUCAAGGUCUUCGUCUACGGCUUCAUCGAUUUCUCAGACGAAUUCGUUUGAGUACGACCACCACUUGGAGACACCCUCCAGUGCCUGCUCAGAGGAAUCCUUCUGUUUGCCAUUAAACGACAACAUACCAAAGCGUACAUGUCCAGCAAAGACGCUUAGUAGACCACCAAGCUUGUUGUUCCAUUUACCUAGAAGAUCAUAGACAAAAAAUCACAGUUUGAGCUUGUUUACAGCCAAACUAAGCAUUCACAUUUCAACUAUCAGCAUUCAAUCACUUUCGUUAAGGACACAUUCACUCUCUUGUAAUAUCCAUUCAUUUGAUUUGUACAUUUUAAGCAAAUUCGCCUUUUGACCAUUUGGUAGAUAAGUUAGCAAGCUCAACAGCUGAUUCUGCCCAACUUGGACCGUGGUUUUCUAAACCACCUUCAACUAGACCUGCUCUAGAUCUUGCUUGCUCUUCUGUGUUGCAGGUGAGUACACCGAAAACAACAGGUAAAUUCUCAUCCAAGCUGACUCUCAUGAGACCGUCAGUAGCCGCACCUGCGAUGUACUCAAAGUGCUGUGUAGAUCCUUUAACAAGUACACCAAUUGAGAUUAUAGCCCGGUGAGUUCAAUGGGUCUAACCCUUUGAGUAAGUUAGAGGAUGUGUUUCCCUGUUGUACGCGUCCUGCGUGUAUCAUUUUUAGUAGCAAUUGGAAGUUCCCAGCUACCUGCAAUUUGCUGUAUAAUGAUGUUCUCCUUCUUAACACCUAAUUCUAACAAUCUGUUGUUCGUACCUUCAACUAACGCAUUUACGACCUCUUUGUUCCAUCUUGUGUGUACGAUACCAAUCUUAAGAUCUU